AUGAAGCUUCCCAUCAAAUGGCUGGCUCCGGAGACUAUCUCAACUUUUGUGUUUUCCUUGAAAACCGACGUCUUUAGUUUCGGAGUAUUAUCUUUCGAAAUUUUCACGAACGGUGGAGACCCGUGGGAAGGCUACUCGAAUGCUGAAGUGAAAACUGCGGUCCUGGGAGGGAAAUGCUUGAGUUUCCCACCUGUUUGUCCGGAGCGAUUACGAGAAUUUUUCACUCAAUGCGUGUUCGCAUGGGACCCAGCGCAACGAGCGUCCAUGACUGAGGUGAUUUCGCUUCUACUAUUGCUUUUUCGUAUCUCUCUGACCACUCCAGACUGA